UCGAGCGUUUUGCCACUCUGAUAUCUUCCAGCGCACAAAGAUGCCUUUUCCGCCCAUCAGCCUCCAGCAGCGGAUCUCCUCUCCCGGCCGGGACCUGUUCGGGAAGAAGAAAGCGCCUCCUCAGACCGAGCACAGCAGCAAGUCUGCCGGGGACAAGGGGGCGUCCGAGAAGCACUCCACCUCCUGGACGUCGGCGAAUUUAAGGAAUCUCGGGCGAAAAUCUCAGCAGGAGAAGAGCAAGAGCCCCACGCAGAAGUCCUGCGUCGGGCAGGACGCGCAGGGACGCUGCUCGUGGCUGACGGUGCCCAAACCUCAGGAUCCAUCAGAGGGAGUGAGGCGCUCCAGCUCCAUGGACUCCACCAGACAGCUCAGCGGGAAAGACGAGGGCAAGAAGGAGAUUCAGUUCACCCUCAGCCUCACGCCAGAAGCCAUUCUUGUCAUCCAGAAACGGAAUCUAGAGAAGCAGAUGAUGGCGAAGCAGCAGAAGUGCUGCGCCUCCGCGGACUUCAGGCACCGGAGAGUGUUUCCAUCCAAAAAGACGCACGGAGGCUCCAAGAGCUGCGCGCCCGUCUCCAAAGCCGAGAGCGCCGAGCAGGACAUCACGGCUAUUGUGAAAAUAUCUCUGCUGAACGACCAGUACAAGUACGACGAUGUGGAGUAUGAAGAAGAGGAUGGAGACGUGGACGAGACUGUAGUGAGGAAAUGCAAAGAGUGGCUGAAGGGGGUGGAAAGCGCCGCCGCUUUGGGCAAAGUGGACAAACUCUCUGCACUUCCGCACCUGAAAGGCUGCUGACACCUGGCAUUGGAUCUGUCAUCCUUGAAACUUUGACUGGAGAUACGGAGGGCUCGUAAAAGCUGCGCACGUGCGGGCCCGCUGGAGCCGCUUCUUUAUUUUGACUCCUGUAAAACUAUGUGUUUGCAAACUGGCGGAGGAAAUCCCCCCCUGAGUCCAAAGGAAUUUGAGUUUGAUCUGGGAAGCAUUCAAUGAGUUGAUGGCACUACGCCUAUUGAAAAAUGCAGCUCCUUUAAUAAGGUUUAAGGUUAAAUGAUUAAGCCAGAGCGGAACACGCAGAGACGCGCCUGUCUCGUCAUAAAUCAGAUUCUUAAAGCUUAAAAGGAGCUCCGGCCAGCUGGCCUCUCUCACUAUAGUGCUUAGCCACGUUGCUUUGCCAAUUAAAUGCUUUUCUUUUUUUCUUUUCACGUUUCGAUUGAAUACCUUAAUAUUUUCUUUUUUGCACAUGGUUUUUGUUUUCAGUGGGGCGCCAGAGGACUGAGGGUUGUGCGUAAAGAGACGCAAAAGCGUUCCUUUGUGUGGGAGAACAAUAAACUGUCAACAAAAGGGCUUCAUGGGCGCCUGCUGCUGGAACCAAACUGAGCUGUUUAUUUUCCUCUAAUAAGAGGGUUAUAUCCUUUGUGGGGAUUUACAAAUGAUGAGCAGUAUAUGAUAUUUUCUGAAUAUUUGUACUGUCAGAUGUUUUCUCAACUGGUGAUUUUUAAGCCACCUGAAGUAAAUUUUUGUUCUUGAUUA